UUGAAUAACCACCGCACGCCGUUUGCUGUGUGUUGUGUUUUGAGAGAGAGAGAGAGCUACGAGAGAAAGGGAAGAAGCAGGCGCUCCUGGAUUUUUUUUUUUUUUUUUUACCGGAGCGCUGUCCUUCCUUUCUCACUCUUGCUGUUUGUGAGUGGGGGAGGCCCGGGGUGGACACACACAAUGGGGCGAGGAGCCUGUGGCUGCUGGGCCGUUGUGCUGCUGCUGAGAGGGGGAGGGGGUAGAGCGAAGGAGACCGGCACACACAGCUAACUCAGCCAGCCGGCUCCAGUCAGGCCUCCACAGGCAUAAUCUUACCCCGAUCCCUUGUCCCUUUUCUGUUUUUAUUUUUUUUUUAAUUUUCAAGGAAUACCCAUCACUUAAGCCUGGAUCAAUGGAUUAAUCAUGUGUGGAUUAUUGUGGAUGGAUUUUGUGAAACGGAACUAGAUUGGAACCUUAAACAGAACCGAUCUCUCUUCCUGUGUGUGUGGGAAAAGGAGAGAAAGGGAGCCAAACUUCUCCUGUUAUUUUUUAUUUUUUUUGCUUUGUGUUGAGGGAAGCUUCUAGAUGGAUUACAAGAUGCAUGCCAAGUCUAACGAUCUGCUGGAUUUUCAGACUCUGGAUGCUCUUUUGGAAAAAAUGGCACAUUAUUCUUCUGUCUCUGUGAAAAGAGAGGCUAGUGAGGAGUGCAAUGGAAUCAGCGGUGCUCUCUCAGUGGAGUCGUCCGCGCCGCCGUCGAGACUGAACAACUGGUGUCCCGCGGCCACCGCCGCCCCUACCCCAACCCUUACCCCUGCUCCGGCCCCUGUGCCCGCGCCCCCAGUCACCUCCGCAAGAAUGGGGGACGGCCUGGAUGCAACCACAGUGCAGAUGUCUUCGUCAAGCAGCAGUAGCAGUAGCCAGGGGGGGCAGCCCCAGCCCUCCACCUACGUACCCACCGUGCCAGAGUUUAACCCACCGCCCCCGGAGUACAUCAACCCGUCGCAGCCCAAGCGGCAGACCAACCAGCUGCAGUACCUGCUCAAGGCGGUGCUGAAGACCCUGUGGAAGCACCACUUCUCCUGGCCCUUCCAGGCACCUGUCGACGCCGUCAAACUCAACCUGCCGGACUACUACAAGAUUAUUAAAGUUCCUAUGGAUAUGGGAACAAUCAAGAAGCGACUUGAGAACAGCUACUACUGGAACGCCCAAGAAUGUAUUCAAGACUUCAACACCAUGUUCACCAACUGCUACAUUUACAACAAGCCUGGAGAUGACAUAGUGUUAAUGGCUGAGCAGCUGGAGAAGAUGUUUCUCCAGAAGAUUACUGAGAUGCCCCAGGACGAGACGGAGAUUGCUGUCAUGACCGGCAAGGGUCGAGGCCGGGGCCGACGGGAAGGAGGUCUGAACUUGAAGCCAGGCCCGACUAUGGAUUCUCCGUCCACCACCCCCCAGACACGGGGCUUCUCCAGCCACUCCCCGGGCCCCCAGACCAGAGGACCACCAGUGCAGCAACAGACCCAGGAACAGGGGCCUCCAUCUCUACCUCCUCAGCCCCUCAUGCAGGCCCUGCCCUCCCGCGUGCCCCCAACGCUACCUGUCCACACCCAUGCCCACGCGCCACAGCUCGGAGCCCCCUACUCACUGGGCCCGUCGGACCUGCCACUCCAGGCCCCUCCUAAGCUCCCUAUCAUGACCACCGUGCCUCCUCCCCCCACCCAGACCACCCUGCCCCCCAUGUCCAUUCAGAGCACCGCCCCCAUACUGCAGAACCCCGUGCCCAUGGCCAAACAGAGAAAGAGCCAGAAAAGGAAAGCCGACACGACCACCCCCACAGCCAAUGACCAGCUGAGCGAGUCUUCUCCGGCUGAGUCCAAGUCGGGCAAGACGCUGCCGCGGCGAGAAAGCGCCAGGCCCACCAAGCUUCUCAAGAAGGAGGCUCCGGACUCCCAGCACCACCUGGGCCUCGGGUUAGGUCUCGGUCUCGGGGGACCUGUAGGACCAGGGGUAGGGGCUCAUAGCCCCAAGCAGCAGGAGCAGCUACGGUACUGCUCCAGCUUGGUCCGAGACAUGUUACAUAAGAAGCACGCUGCCUACGCCUGGCCCUUCUACAAGCCAGUCGACGUGGACAUGCUGGGGCUGCACGACUACCACGACAUCAUCAAACACCCCAUGGACCUCGCCACCGUCAAGGUGAAGCUGGACAACCGGCAGUACAGAGACGCCCAGGAGUUUGCUGCCGACGUGCGGUUAAUGUUCUCCAACUGCUACAAGUACAACCCACCCGACCACGAGGUGGUGGCGAUGGCACGCAAACUACAGGACGUGUUUGAGAUGCGCUUUGCCAAGAUGCCAGACGAGCCCGAGGAGACGCUGGCUUCGGCUCCUGCCCCCGCGCUGCUCCAGUCCUCUGCCCCCAUCAUCAAGUCCCAGCCGCCGCCCAUCCUAAACCCCGCCUCCUCCAUUCUAGGUCCUGCCUCCUCGGUCAAACAUCCCGCUUCCUCCUCGGACAGCUCCAGUGAUUCGUCAUCGGAGUCGGAAUCGUCCACGAACGACUUGGAGGAGGAGAGAGCCCAGAGACUGGCCGAGCUACAGGAACAGCUCAAAGCUGUCCAUGAGCAGCUGGCGGCCCUCUCGCAGCCACAGGCCAGCAAACCAAAGAGGAAAGAGAAGGAGAAGAAGAAAGACAAGCACAAAAGGAAAGGAGCGGUGGAGGAGAUCCCGGAGCCGGCCAUUCAGUUCCCCAAGAAGACCAAGAACAACAACAACAGCAGCAGCAGCAGCAGCAGCAACAACAACAACAAGGAGCUCCUGCCCAAGAAGACCAAGAAACCCAGUAAGAAGGAGGGAGGUGCGGUGAAGAACAACCGCUCCUCAGCCCUGGGCCCUCAGGCAGCGCAGCAGCCCCCAGUUCUGCAGCCCGUGUCUGGCUUGGGGGAGGGCCUGGAGGAGGACCCGGUUGCAGCCGGAGCCCCCGGGGAGAAGGGUAAGCCCAUGUCGUACGAGGAGAAGAGGCAGCUGAGUCUGGACAUCAACAAGCUGCCCGGCGACAAGCUGGGUCGUGUGGUCCACAUCAUCCAGUCCAGAGAGCCCUCGCUGAAGAACUCCAACCCCGACGAGAUCGAGAUCGACUUUGAGACGCUCAAGCCGUCCACGCUGAGAGAGCUGGAGAGAUACGUGUCGUCGUGCCUCCGCAAGAACAAGAAGAAGGUUCCUGUGGCAGAGAAGACCAUGGAGGCCAUGACGGCCGCCAAGACCAAGGCCAGCUCCUCCUCUGACUCGGACAGCAGCGACUCCAGCUCCUCAGACAGUGAUGAGGAGAAGGGAGUGGCUCCUAAACAGAAACAGAAGAAAGGCCACGGGACCAACGAAGGGAAGAAGCCCCUUCUCCACCAUGCCAUGUCUGGAGCUGGUCCGGUCCCCCAGGGCCACCCUCACGCCCAGGCUCCUGUCCUGCAGCCCAGCAUCCACCUGAAGCAACAGCAACAUAACCCCUCCCCCGCCACCUAUAUGGCCCCUCCUCCCCCGGUAACGGUCACGGCGUUGGAGUCCUCCCAGCUGCUGGAGAACACGUUUGAUUCGCUGCCCCACUUCGGCCAGCAGCCCCUCAUGCACCUGUCCCAGCACCACCACUCCUCGUCGCCUGCCGUGCCCCCCCACCUCAACGCUCAUUCCGCAGCAGGGCCCGUGUCCCCGGAGACGCACCCAUUUCUCAACCAGCACCCCAUCCUCCCCAACCCUAACCCAGCUUUGCACAACGCCUUGCCCCAGCAGCCGUCUCGACCCAGCCACAGGGCAGCAGCUCUACCUCCCAAACCCCCCCAGCAGCAGCAACCAGCGCCCCAGCCAACCCUACAACAACAACAACAACAACAACAGCUUCAGCCACAAGCCCCUCCACCCCAGCACCACCUCCCGCCCCACAUCCUCCACCCCACCCCCCCUCAGUCCCUGCAGCAGCGGCCCUUGUCCCCCCCCACCCUCACCCCUCAGGGCCUGCUGUCCUCCCAGCCCCCCCAGAUGCUCCUGGAGGACGAUGAGGAGGUAGUUCCACCCUUACCUCAGAUGCAUCUCUACCUGCAGCAGGGACAGAGCCAGGGAAGACCUGGCCAGCAACCACACAAUCCCCAGCAGAUUAUGCAGUCUCUCCAGGUUCGCCAACAACAGAACCAGGCUCCCCUCCUGCAGUCUGUACAGGUCCAGACUGCCUCUCUUCAGCCCCCCCAGCUCUCAGUCCAGCCUCCCCAGCCCCAGUCCAAGCCCAUCCCCCCCUCGCGCCAGAUCCUACCCCCGCACCAAGUAGCCCGCCACCUGCAGCAGCAUGCCCAGAUGGGUUACCCCUCCCAGGGGCCGGUGGCACAGCAGACGGGUCACUCAGACAGGCAGGCCGCUGCAGGGCAACACAAGGGGUCAAUGCAGGCCUCCGCCAAAGCACAGCACAUCAUCCAGCAACAGCAACAUCCCUCCCCUCGACAGAUCAAGGCUGAUCCAUAUAACAGUGGGCACCUAAGGGAGAACCCCUCCCCCAUCAUGAUGCAUUCCCCCCACCUCCCCCAGUAUCCCCCCAUAACGCACCAGUCUCCGCCACACAACCUGCAGCCCAAGAAAGAGCAGCGUGCACCCCCGGCCCUGGUAGCCUUGAAAGAAGAGAAGUUGCCUCCCUCUCCGGUGAUGAGAGGAGGAGAGCCCUUCAGCCCAGCCAUGAGACAAGACCCUCACAAACACCCAGACAGCCACAGCAAACCCUCUCUACCAGGCCACGCACAGCAGAAUGUGAAGUCGAUGGACAGCUCAAGGCCGGUCAUCCGUUCCUCAGAGCCCAGCGGUCCUCCCUCCUCCUCCUCCUCCUCCUCCUCCCUGCCAGACAAGGACAAGUUCAAACAGGAGCCCAAAACGCCCAUCGCCCCCAAAAAGGUACAGGAUGUGAAACUGAAGAACAUGGGUUCGUGGGCCAGCCUGGCCCAGAAGUCCACGUCAGCGCCUUUGUCUGCAGUGAAGUCGUCUAGCGACAGCUUCGAGCAGUUCCGCCGGGCCGCCCGGGAGAAAGAGGAGAGAGAGAAGGCUCUUAAGGCCCAGGCAGAGCAGGCUGAGAGGGACAAACUGCGCCGGGAGCAGGAGAAACUACGGGGUCGUGACCGGGAUGAUGAGGAUAUCCUGGAACCUCAGCAGCAGUCGAGGAGGGUUCAUGAGGAGCCUCGAAGCAGACGUCUGGAGCAGCAGCAACACAUCCCGGCCCCCCAGCCCCAGCAGCAACCCCAAGCACCAACCCCCCAGGCCCAGCCCGCUGCCCUCCCCCAGCCACCACAGGCCCCCACACCGCCCCAGCCCUCAGCCCAGGACCAGCAGAGGGAGCUAGCGCGACGCCGCGAGCAGGAGAGGAGGAGGAGAGAAGCGAUGGCGGCGACCAUCGACAUGAAUUUCCAAAGCGACCUGAUGGCCAUCUUUGAGGAGAACUUGUUCUAGUGACGAGAGAACCCCCAGAAACUUAACACUGAAACAAGAACACAUAACAGAAUAAUGAAUAUGGAAUUGAACAUUUCUUAUGAAAUGGGGGGGGGUUUAAUGAACCAAGAUACAGGAUGUGAAUUAAACCCCCCCCCCCCCCCCAAUGCAGAGGGUGAUCUUCAGCUAGACUGGCGAGUUACUCGGCUGUUAUCUGCUCUGCUAUGCAGCCUCUGGAUGUAAGAUGCAACAUUGAAGGAGCGACAUAAACAGGAUAUUUUCAACCACGUUUGGUGUCGUUUCUCUGGGGAUUUGACCCUUGUUGCCCCUGGCAACAUGACAUGGGGGAAAGGACUCUGGGUGGUUAUGUAAUUUCACACCUGUUUGAUACUUUCACACGGGACAGAGCGAAGGAGAACAAUCUUGUAAAUGGAAGUGAAAGACGAUAAUGGAAAAACGCAAAGUACCUAUGCGUAUCUACGGACCGAGACUGGGGUGUUCAUAUAGACUGCCAGACAAGAGGAGAGGCAGAAUAAAUAUUUUUAUGUGAUCUGUUUUUUUGUUUUGUUAGAGAGAACACAUGUAAGGAAAUGUUGGGGACAGGUGUGUGUGUAUAAGGGGGGGGAGGGACUUCAACUUCUGACGUGUUCUUUUUCCAGGAGAGGAGGUACAGUACAGCUUUGCCUUCUGCCUCACUCUUGUCCUUUGUCCACACUCACACACAGACCGUACAUUAGAUAGGCCUCUCUCUCCCUUGCCUGGGCAUAUGAACAAAUCAGUAACAACAAAGUAUGGAACAGUCCGCCGGCAGUGGGAGGGAGAAAGCAGGAUUAAAUGCAGAUUUCUUUUUUCAUUAUGUAGGAUCUACUGUAAAGAGGUAUUUUCUUAUUCUAUGAUUACUGUUUAUUUGUUUUGUUUUUGUAUAUAUUUUUGUCCCUCCCUCCCCAACAUACUUGCCCCACUGUCUAUGCCAAACAACCAUUACCUUUUUAAUGCUGAACUCCUCCCACUUCUCCUUUAAAACAAAAAAGCUUCUUUGUUCAUAUAACGUGUUUUUUUCCCUUAAUAUAUAAAUAGAUUUCCCCCCCGUGUCCUCGUCACCCCUCUUCAAACAAAGCGUUUAGGUAGUUUUUUUAAGAGGAUAAAACCUAAUAUAUGCAUUAUUCCAACAAGUGUUAAUUAAUUAAAGAACCAUUUGAAGUUUUCAUAUUUCAUGUCUUCUUGCUCAUCUGAAGCUGGGGCAAAACAGUCUGAUCACUACUAGAGGCAGAGGCUCAGUCCCAAAUGGCACCUGAUUUCCUACAUAGUGCACUAGUUUAGUAGUGCUCUGUAAAGGGGAUAGGGUGCUAUUUUGGAUGAAGCCAGAGUCCAGCUGUUUCUAGAGCUAUGUCUUGGUUGGGUUGAAUCUGAGUUCACCAUCACUGUAACCACCUUAUUGUGUAUUAUUACGCUUGGAGACAGCUAGGAAAGUGGUCAUUAAUGGCAUUUUCCUCUUUGCAGCUGAUUCAUAUUAACUAUUGAACCAGAGAAUCAGUAACUAUCACUGAACUGUUUGAUUUAUAAACUGUGUCGAUUCCUCCCUGUUCCUUGCUUGUAUAUUGGCCUGGAAUUUGCCUAGUUAAAGUUUAAAAGAAUGUUUCAUUAUACACACUAGCAUACUACUUACAAUGAAGCAAUGUAUUGGACAUGCAACAUAAGUGGUGUGCUGGUAUGGUUGUUGGAACAUAUCCAAAGGGUUCAAAUCUGGUAGUGAGCCCGUCACUCUACUUUACAUGUCAUUUGGGGACAAGGAAUGGGGUGAGAGGCAAACCUCAAAACAUAAUUAGUUCUAACUGCAACUUUAUUGGGCUCUUGUAAGAACAGAUGAGACACUUCUUACAGGUUUAGUUCCAGGAUGCAUCCAAAAUGUUCCUUAUAUAGUGCAUUGCUUUUGACCAGGGCACAUGGGGUGCUGUAGUGUACUAUAUAGGAAAUAGGGUGCCAUUUGGGAUGUAACUCCACCCUACAGACUUUACUAAUGCUGAGAGCAGAGACCAAAAAAAGAGCUCCACCUCCUGGCUAGUCUGUGCAUGAGUCUUGUUAUUAUUAUUAUUAUUAUUAUGACUACAAUUAAUCAGAGGGAAACUUUUAGCCGUACAAAAAUACGAGAAAUAAAUGACAACAUUUUGACAAAAAAAUGUUCUAGAAAACUCUACAAAAACAGCUCUGAUUUCUAUAAUUUUUCUUGUUCAAUUCUAGUGGAUACAUGUUCUAAUUCUGUUGUUGGCGAGGGGGUCACAGGUCGAGGGUCAAGACGGGUUGACCUCUGACCCUGUCCUCUGCAUUUUCUCUUAUGGUGUUUUUCUCCAGUGCCUGUAUUGUUCUAUGAUUCUAGUUGGCAUAUAUUACAUUUGGGGUGGAUACAGUAUGUACGGGUGGGAAGGGAGGGAUAUUUAGGAUAAGCUUGUGUAAAAAGUCAAAGGAAAAGUCAGCAUUUUAUAUUUUACCCAUUUAACGAUAUUCAGGUUUAAAUCUAGUUUUAGCUGGACUUCUGUGGUAUGAGUGUACACUUGACUCGACUACUUUCUCAUUUUCAUUCAAUCAGUACAUUUUUAAGUAGACCUGUUUCUGCCGCGCCACUUUAGCAUUUGUGUGUCAGAACGUUUGUGUGGAUGAGUGUGUGUAUGAUUUUAGUAUGUGGCGCAGGGACGCAUGUGCCCCAUUUAUAGAAAAGCAUUUGAAAUGGGGAUGAAGAUUAAUAUACAAAAUGCUACAAGAGAACGAGUUUCUUUGCUAAAGCCAGUCAUCAUUUUGAUGGAGUCCACCAUAUAUGAAUAGCCUAUAUAUAAUUUUGUUUUGUUAGACAAGUUAUGAAAAGGUCAAAUACUUUUUCAUUCCUUCAAGCCUUUUAUUAAUUCCUUAUUUUAUCCCCAUGGUAACUGAUGGACAUGAUGUGCCAUAAAUAUGGAUUCUUCUUCAGAAUGUGCUCAGCAGAGUUUGCUUUAUUCAGGUAUUUUAUUUUGUGUUACAUUUUUGGUCUUUUGUUUUUUUUGGGGGGUUUUGUGUAACAUUUUCCUCGAUUAUUGUUUGGUAUGUGAGUGGUCUGUCGAGGUCAAUGAUUAAAUCUGUUAUGAUCAUGGA